AGGAGAUGGUUUUUCCACUUUGGUGUCAUUGAGUCAUCCUUUCAUUUACUGCUAUCAUUGACUGUAAUAUAGUAAAACUUAUGGGGUUGUUUUGAAAAUUAAUUGGGGUCAAAUGGUAAAUAAAGUAAAGAUGAAUUAACCCAACAGUCCAACACCACCUCACCUCUCUAUACUCUCUAUGUCUCACUCACUCUCUCACUCAAGUUAAUUUUCUCCGGUGAUCCAAAUCCUGAUUCAGUCUCUGGACUUGUUCUUUCUUCUUAUUGACACUUUUCGUCUAGAUUAGCUCAACUUCUUGGGUUCCUGCAACUUCCAUGGCUUCCGGUGAUGUACUUCCUCGUUUCUACACUGUCUUUCUUUCCAAUGUCAGUUCCAACUCUUUGCUGAUACCAAGGGUUUACUACGAACAUUUACCGCGUUGGUUGCCCAAAACAGCGAUUCUCACGGGAACUGGUGGAAGAUUUUGGAAAGUAGCAAUGAUGAGCAAGCGAGAGCAAGUGUAUUUUGAACAAGGCUGGGGAAAUUUUGUGGCGGAUAACGAUCUAAAAGAUGGAGAGUUCUUGACGUUUGUGUUUGAUGGGCACAAAAGUUAUGAAGUUAGUAUCUAUGGUCGCGGAGAAUGCAAAGAGACACGAGCAGUCAUUCAAGUUGAAGAGAUCUCUGAUGAGACAGAAAGUGACAACGAUUCUCUUGGUAGCCUUGUUGACGUAACACCCAUGCCAGUGGAAGAGAACUCUGAUGAUACAGAAGGUGACAAUGAUUCUGGUGAUAGCGUUGUUGACGUAACACCCAUGCCAGUGGAAGAGAUAAGUGAUGCGAGUGAGAAUGACUCUUCUUGAGGUUAUAAGAAACAUUGUCCUUAAAUCAUCUGAUUGAUGCUGAACUAUUCGUAUGUUUAAUUAACUUGUCUUCUGUGGACAUGACUUCUCUUGUAUCACUUCAUCCCUCUAGUAGUUUUCGGCAUUGUUAGGAUUAUAAACUCUGUUUGAAUCUGAGAAAUUGCACAAUUGCGAGAACAUUGAACAAUGGUUUUUAACGAA